AUGGCGGUGCUCAUGACUACCAGCCUCGCCGGCGGUAUUCCAUCAGCCUGCGAAUUCGUGCUUGGGGUCGCUCUUCCCGUCGUCAAUGUGGGACCGGCUGCCAUCACCACAGGCCGCUUCCCGCCACGGUUUUGCGACGUCCCACCCGGCAUAUUGUCUGGCCAGGUGACAAGUGACACCGUGCGCUCAGCAUUCAAGUUCGACUCGCCGCCGUCCCCAGGCAACGUUUGGACUGAGCUGCAGAGCUUGGCCUCGGUCUACUCCGCGCUCGAGUACGGGUGUGGAUUCCAUGCGUUGGUGGCCUACGCGCAGUCGUGGGCCCGCUAUCAGGAAUGGGGAGGCGACUCCACGUUCCCGAUGGUGAUCCUGAACCAGUGGGUGGUGAACAUGCCGUACGAGACACUCUGCACGACUGCCGGAGCAUGGAGGCAGAUCUUUGUCAGCCCAAGUGCCACAUUCUGGAACACUGGGCUCCCAGAUACGACGCAGGCCGGUCGGCUCAUAUUCCCACUGCCACUCGGGGAACAUUUGUCCGGCAACAAUCCGAGCCGCCCGUAUGGAGGGGCUGAUAGUAUUCCGAAUGCCACGUGGACCCUGGGACGCAUCUUGGCCCUCAUUACCGUGAUCUCGCUGGCAGGCCAGUUCCCGAUCAUAUGGUGUGGUGCUUGCACUGCACUGCUCGCCACCCAUGCCAUUGGAGCCAAUGGUGUGGUUGGCCGCCGGAUCAGGGGCUUGCCUCGUGCCCGCAUCCUGGCAGCGGAUUUCGAAUGGGUUGCAGCCUGGCUGUCAGGCGGCGCAGUGGCUAUGGGCAACCUGCACCUCAGCUACGCCCUCACUCUGGAGAUGACGGCCCUGCCCCAGGCGGGGAUCCCUCUCGCUCCGCAUCGGCGUAGGGUGCAUGCCUGUGGCAACGCAUCGCGUCGCCUCGACCAGCCGGAGGCGCCCUGGGUACACGAUCGCGAGGAGGCCAAUCUUCGUGCAUUCACAGCAUAUAUGGGGAAGCUCUGCGCCGAGGUGUGGCGUCGCGCAGGGAACUGGCAGGCCUUGCUGCCCAAUGGCCUGGACAAUCCCCGGAGGCUGAGGAAUGCCAGCCCUGGUGACGCGGAUCGGGGGGUCAUGCGGCAGGCGAUCCUUGACGCGGCUGAGCACAUCGUCGCGUGGGAGCAGACGAGCAGCGACCACAACACUUACCAUGGGUUUGUUCCCAUCUCGAUCCUGGACGAGAUGUUCACUGUCCCAGCAGCGAUGCGCGACUGGGGCAACUGGACGCAGGGGCGCUUUAUUGCGGGCCAGUGGGUGAGCGCCAACGAUCUGAUCAUUUGGGCCAACGUGCUGGGGUGGACCGCAGAUGACGAGCGUGACCGCUUCAGUGAGUACUGGGCCGAACCAGGGAGGGUGUGGUUCUCCGGUGAGCAGCCGGCUGGGCAUGCCACUGCCCACGUCGGGCUCUUCUCGUCCAGCAUCGCGCUUGCUGAGCACCUCGCGCCCGACCCCGGCGACCAGUGGCCUGCCCAGGCCAACAUGUGGACGCACAACGGCCGACGCUCGCCAUGGGCGGGUUCCAGCGCCGCGGUCUGGUAUGCCGAGCUGAUGACUGGGAGAGACUCAAGCCAUUUGCCCGUCACGAGCGUGCGUUCCUGGGGGCAGGGGCGCAGCGGGUGCUCGAUGGGCGAGUGGCGCGGGAGGCCCAGACCACCUGGGUUGCCCGCGCGCACGCCUCCUUCCCACGGUCCUGGCUCGUCUGCUCGCCGCGGUGGCCCGCACGGGAACAUGCCAGCUGGGGGGCCCUGUCUUGGCCUGGACGGCGCUCGCAGCUGCGAGCUGGGCCGUCCAGAUGGCGCACAACGCUGA